AUGGCAGAAGUCGCACCAGCACCCGCCGCCGCCGCACCGGCCAAGGCACCCAAGAAGAAGGCAGCAGCCAAGGCCAAGAAAGCGGGACCCAGCGUAGGCGAGCUCAUCGUCAAGGCUGUGACCGCCUCCAAGGAGAGGAGCGGCGUGUCCCUGGCCGCACUCAAGAAGACGCUGGCGGCAGGCGGCUACGACGUGGAGAAGAACAACUCCCGCGUCAAGAUCGCAGUCAAGAGCCUCGUCACCAAGGGCACCCUGGUCCAGACCAAGGGCACCGGUGCAUCCGGCUCCUUCAAGCUCAACAAGAAAGCCGUCGAGGCGAAGAAGCCCGCCAAGAAAGCCGCAGUCCCCAAAGUAAAGAAGGUGGCCGCCAAGAAGGCCGUCGCCGCAAAGAAGUCCCCCAAGAAGGCCAAGAAGCCCGCUACACCCAAAAAGGCAGCCAAGAGCCCCAAUAUGGCUACAAAGGCAGCCAAGCCCAAAGCCACCAAGCCCAAGGCAGCCAAGGCCAAGAAGGCAGCCCCCAAGAAGAAGUAAACCUAUGUGGUCCUCUGUAGCUCAGCUGGUAGAGCACGGCGCUUGUAACGCCAAGGUAGUGGGUUCGAUCCCCGGGACCACCCAUACACAAAAAAGAAAAAUGUAUGCACGCAUGACUGUAAGUCGCUUUGGAUAAAAGCGUCUGCUAAAUGGCAUAUUAUUAUUAUGUGACUCAUUUCAGAAAACUAGCCUUAUGUCGUGUGUCACUACUUCACAGGAGAUACCAUUUGAAUAUCAACUUCUUUUUUUUAUCAACAUGCGUUUUUGGCCAGAAAUGCUUUCUGGAACAUGUGAACUUUCCUGUGCCUUAAUAACAAAUGUGUAUGCCAUCUGUAAAUACGAAUACAAUUGUUAAAUUACGAGCCUAGUUGGUUUAGCCACAGAAAAAGAUAGCAACCUUCCCGCUAGCCAUGAUUGGCUGAGAUAAUGAGUGGGCUCGACAUGCCGAGAGAUCAGUUCGGAUUGGUCUGCCAUGUAGCUCGCUUCUGUCUAUGACAUCAGCUGGUCAGUGUAGAUAGUAGUAGUAGAUCAUCCUUUGCUGGUCAGUAUGUGUAGAUAGUAGUAGUAGAUCAUCCUUUGCUGGUCAGUAUGUGUAGAUAG